CCAUCCUAUUCCCCGAACAGUGUACUGAGCGCUCGGGUGUUCCUAAUGACCAUCAGUGCCCUUAUUAUGGCCAUUUCACAGAGGAGCAAACCGAGGCCCCCCGAGUUAGGAAGCUUGCACCGGAUCACACAGUUCAUACUCUGCACCAGCACACUGUGCUGCUCUAGACUUUUCUGUCACCUGGGAGUUCCCCUGCAAACCCUCUUGGUUCCUUAGGACUUUUCCUCGGUCGGGUUUUUCAUUCUCCUCCUGACCUCAGACUGCGGCUUCUUCCCCCUCACUGAACACUCUAGUUGUUCUGAAUUCUUUCUGUGAAGUCCAGUCCCUCCGUUGUUCAGAUUUUCUCCUUAUUUAGUGAAGUUGCACACUUGUCCCUGUCUGUUUCUUGUUUAGGUGAAUUCCUGAGCAUUUCAGUAGUUAGACUUUGAUCAUGAAACUGUCCCCCGACGUUUGCGAAGUAGACGAAGUAGACGAAGUAGACGUUGUGAGCUCUCGACACCUCUUUAUGGCUAUUCAGACCCACGUCUGUCGGCUGUGUGCCUGGGGGCGCCGCAUCCCCCGUCUUUACAGCUCUGUGGUGCUCAGACACUCACAGAGCCUUCUUGUAAGCCUCGGGCAGUUUGCAGAGCCCCACGGGCCGCCUCGCUUGAUCAGGACGGCCUGUGGCGGGGGAGCAGGAUGGGCUUCUCCUGUGUCGGCCUGCAUCUUCCACUGCCCUCCAGCUCGGCUCGCCAGGGCCCGGAAUGCCCAGCUGGGAUCCGAGCCGGGCAUCACUGGGCUGGACCAUUGUCCUGCUUGUUCUAGGUCCCUCUAACCUCACAGGGAAAGAUCACACCUCCUCUGUUGGCCGUGCGUCUCUGCCAACCUGUCCCCGCUCUACAUUUGUGCGGUGAGAUUGGGGGCCCAUGUGCGAGUUAUAAAUGUCUUCCUAGUACUUGGUUCCUCGUUAUGUUGGACCAGGCAUUCAAGCCCAUUAACAAUCCUCUGUGCAGGGGUGCCUGGGUGGCUGAAUCAGUUAAGUGUCUGCCUUCAGCUCAGGUCCUGAUCCCAAGGGCCUGGGAUCAAGCCCCAUCCUUGCAUCAGGCUCUGCCCAGCGGGGAGCCUGCUUCUAUCUCUCCCUCUGCCUGCCACUCUGCCUACUUGUGCUCUUUCUCUUAAUCAAAUAAAUACAUAAAAUCUUUAAAAAAAAAAAAAAAAUCUUCUGGGCCAGAGGGGCCCCUGACCAGUUUUUGCCUCCCGGAAGCAUCUGACUCUUGAUUUCAGCUCAGAUUGGGAUCUCAGGGUCGUGAGAUCAAGCCCCUUGUUGGGCUCCGCACUCAGUGUGGAGUCUGCUUGGGAUUCUCUCUCUCUCUUUCUCUGCCCCUCCCCUGCUCUCUUGCUCCCUCUAAAUAAAUGAAUAAAAUCUUUAAAAAAUCUUUUGAGCUUGAGGAGCGCCUUCCAACACCGCAGCUGGUUCUCUGUGUCCCUGUGGGUCCUUGGAGGCUGGCUGUCCCCCGUUAGACUUGGUAGGUUGGAGUCACACACCCGUGUACUUGACUCACAGAAGAGCCCAUCCAUGCCCCGUGCCGCUGACUCCGUUGAUGCUCUAGACGCAGGUUUAGCAAGCUCCCUGCGUGUGUGUCAGGCUGUUGAGGGAAAGGAGGCUAGGGUGCUGUCCGUCUGUCUGUGCCUCACAGCCAGAGCCGAGGACAGAGGAAGCUAUAAAGAGUCGACCUGUAGAGCCCAGAUUAUAUGCUGGGGUCAUUUCAUGUAGAGGCACUGUGUCCUACAUAUAUAUUUUUUUCUUUCUUUUCUUUUCUUUUUUUUUUUUUUUUGGUUCUAUGCAUUUUAAAAGCCCUAAAGGGAUUCCUUAUGUUUUAGUCCAAAAGCUUAUCUGCAGUGUGCCGGAAAAGGUCAAACUUGAUCUGUUCUGUGGCCUCUCAGAAGACAGAAAUUAUUAACUUGGCACAUGAAAGCGUAAGCUUUCGUUCUAGGGAAAUGUUCUCUGGCCAUGCCAGCUAAUGGGGGCCUUUCUGUGUCUAUUUUUAUAUGUUUCAAAGAAGAAGUGCUAAAACGUGUCACCUAGGCGCCGAGCCGGUAGGCCUUUGGAGAAAGGCAGGAGCAUUUCUGUUGUUGCUACAGAGGCCGGGAGAUGUCCUUCGAGGAAGGAGAGACUGGACCAGGCGUGGGGAACCGUGGGUAGGGUGAGGAAGAGAAACCCACACGAGCAGUGUUCUGGCCCUGGACCUGGGUCGCGGUGGGAGGGGCAUCAGCCCAGCUGGGGAGGGGAGCUGGGUCAAGAGCUGCCAGCCCGUCCUCAGGCCCACAGCCCCAGGAUCAUUGACCUUGUUAGGAAUUGCCGGGGAGAUGGUGAACUGACCGGGGUCUGGGCCCCUCCCUGCUGACGCAGGGCCUGGGAAUCUGCAUUUUAACUGGCGGCUCAGUGGACCAUGCUGCAGGUGGCCUGUGGACAGUGCCGGGACACCUGCUGGUGUGGGUGAAGAUGCCACGUGCUGAGUUAGGGCGGUGGCUACACCAGAGCGUAGAGGUGUUGGAGUAAGGCUCAGGGCAGGGGGAGGCAGAGAGGCUGGUCAGGAGUCUUGUAGGAGGGGCGCAGGUGGGAGAGGAGGCCGGGAGGAGGGCGCUCGAGACCCUGGUACCAGGGAGCGCCGUUUGCUAGGGCCGCCUUAUUCAGAGUGUGGUCCGUGGGCCUGAGGAUCGCAUCCCCGGGGAGCGCCUCACAAGUCAGAAUGCCGGCCUCACCCCAGACCUGUGGGAUCAAAAUCCAGCUCCGAGCAAGAUUUGGGAGGCCUGGGGACGGAUCUGGCCUUUCCGUGUUUAAGGAAAAUACCUGAAUGGGAAAGGGGAGAGUGAUGCGUUCGAUGAACCGCGGUAAAAACACGCAGCAAACACUAUGGCCCGGCCCGUUGCACAGAGGCCUCUCGCGAUGGUGAGUGCGCGGGUGGUAGGUUCACCCCAGGACAGAGUCCUGGCUCCCAGCACUGAGCCUCCUCCGCCGCGGGGCCUGCGACUCAGAUCGGGGGUCAGCCUGCUCGGGCAUGAACCCUUGCUGUCCUGCUUUGAUCUGUGUGGCCUUAGGCAAGUUGCUUAACCUCUCUGAGUCUGUUUCCCCAUCGGAAAGUGGGGAUAGGGCUGGAGCUCCCCUGUCGUAGUGAGACCAGGCGAGAGCGAUGGCCUGUGCCACGGAGGUUUACAUGGUGGUCAGUGUCCUGUCCACACAUCAAACUCUGUUUGACCGUUUUCUUCACACACGUGACCUCAUUUAGUUAAAUGUCUGUGAAAUCGCGUGCAGUCCUGUGGGCCCAGAUGAGCCCUCAGAUCAUGUUGUGGGUUCCAGCCGAGAAGAAGGUUUAUGCGAGGUAGAUGGACGCCCCACGUUCCCUGAGGGGUGCGCUGUCCACGUCCUGUCAUUCUGAUGACCACAGGCAUCGUUCCGGGGGCCCGGGGCCCCACUACCACCUACAGCGUCAUGGCAGCAGAUGCCGACACUUGGAGGGCUGCGGGGUCUGUCCCAGCCAACUGCCACGGAUCAGCCACGUGACCGUCCACCGCUUGCAGGUUGGGCCCCCUGCAGGUUCUGAGGCCACCGUGAGGACAGGCAGCGGGCGGGUCCUGGGCACAUGCAUGGCUUCGCCUGUGUCACCCCUCCGUAGCCCUGUGCGGGCCGCCUUGUGCCUCUUGUAUGCGGGAGGGAGCCACGGGACUGGAGACCCUGCGGUGGAGUCUGUCCUGUCUGACUUCAGAGCCCCGGGUCUGUGUCCCCCCCCCAGGCCUCUGAUCGUGGCAGAGUCGGCAUCGCUGCUCAUGGGCGUGAGGGGCCCUGGAGUCUGCUCUGGGCCUGGCGCCAGCUGGUCGCCCACAAGCAGGUCUCCCCCGCGGCCUGGCAGGGGCCCGUCUCUGCUGGAGGGCGACUGGAGCGACUGGCCGGGGGUAGCCACCACACUGGGGCCACGGGGUGUGAGAGAAUGGGACCAGUGUCUGCUUGGCACGGGAGGCCAGACGGUGUCCACCGCGCCGUCCGUCUGCUGCUCUGAGUGGGGCUUGUCGGGGCGGGGGCUGCGGUUUCCCUGAGGGGUUGAAGGCAGCCAGCCUGGGGCAGACAGCCGUCCGGCGUGGGGGGAGCAGGAGUACGAGACCAGAGGGAGAACCCCAGGACACUCAGAACACUCCGGCCUCACGUUCGCGCGGGGGGCCGGGCUGGAGGGUGGCAGCUUGGAGGAGCUGGGGGCGUGGGCGGAGGGCAAGCUGGCGUCUGCUGGGCAUCACGGGGUUUUCAGUUCCUGAACUGGGAGCUGACUGUAAUUUCCGCACUUUGUCCUCAAGAAGUCUGUCCAGCCGUUUUCUGUUUCCAUGCAUUUGCCCGUCUCGCGGAAAGCCAACUCCGUGGUAUUGUUGGGGGGGCCUCUCCGGGGCUCUGGGUCAGGGUGACCGAGCGGGAGCGGGAGAGGCAUGUCCGGGCGUUACUAACCAUCGCCGUUAACAGAAGGGGCUCGCUCUUCUCAGAACGCUCCGGGCGGCAGAGUGUGUCGUGGUCGUGCGGGCUUCGCGUGGGCCGGCCGUGGCAACUGUGGCUCUCCGGCCCCUCGCGCCUUGCUUCCUGCUCUUGGCUCCCGCCACCGUCGCUCUGAAGCCGUGUCCGCACAGGUCACCAACAUGAAAAGAAAUGCAGACAGAGCCGCCGGGCUGAGUCCCAGCCCCGAACAGCAGGCCCCGCGCUUACAGCAGAAGCACAGGUUGCUGCAGGUCCGCGAGAAGGGACCCCUGGCCCUGCAGAGACAAGACCUCCCUCAGCCGAAGAGCCCACAGCCCCUGCGCCUGGCUGAGGAGCUGGAGGCCCCCGGCCAGCCCCAGCACGGCCGGGGCCUGGAGCACCUGUACUUAGCCCAUCGGUUAGGUGCUGGGGGAGGACAGGCCAGGGAGCACCGGCCUGACUCGAAGGGGCCGGCCCAGCGAGGAACAGCCCGGCCGCCCAGGGCCUGGGAAAAGCACAGAGCAGCCAUCCAAGAAGAGAAGAGUCACAGAGAUCACAGAGAAGGGCUGGCUGGACAGCAGGCCCGGCUCACCCAGGCCCAGAGGAGAGCCGCGGGCCCCGAGAAGCUGGGGGCUCCCAGAGCCGCAGGCCUCACCCGUCGCCCCCUCUGCCCCCGCGAGCAGAAUAAGAGCAAGCGACCGCCUUUGAUGAAGGCCCGCGGUGGCCACCGUCCCGCUGACCCCUGGGGGAGCAGAGGGGUGGACAGAGAAGCGUUCUUGGCUGUCCCCGGGGCGUUCGGGCAUCUGCAGAGAAGAGAGAGAGGAGGAGCCCGGGACAGGAGGCGGCGGCCGGGAAAGGGGACAACUCCUCCGGGUCAGGGCCGCACCCAUCGCUCUCUGGAUCAGAGCCCCGAGGGAAACACAGAGGACCCAGAACAGCCGUGGCCCAUCUGCUGGACCCACGGAGGGGGUGCUGCGCCCCAGGCGUCUCUCUGCAGACGCGGGGACAAGAGCAGGUGGCAGAGGGAGCUGGAGUUCGCCUUCCAGGAGCUGUUCAACACCAACAGGGAGCUGAAGAAGCACUUGACCUUGCACCUUGCCCUGGGGCCCGCGGCGGAUCAGAGCGCCAGGGACGAGCUCAGCCCCCGCGACGUGCAAGAACCGAGGGGGGAGUCCCAGCGCCACCAGCCAGCGGUGGGCCCAGAAGCGGACGUGGAGCCCGGCACGGAGCCCACGGGGCCAGCGCAGGCAAAGGCCCCCGAGUCCCGAACCAGCUUGGAGGAGUUCUUGAGCAACCUCAAGAACCAGAAAUAUCUCAGGCCGACCACGUUCCCGUCUAAGACCAUGAGUGAACCGUUGUCUCCCAAGGCGGGGGUGUUUAUCGGUGCAGAGAACCGGCUCCUGGGUGGCCUGGGCUCCAGGGAGGCGCUGGCCAGACCUGACCCGCUGGCGGAGGGCCCCCGGCGCCGGUUCCUGCAAGAACAGGCAGACGGAGCCAGCCUCGUGGCCUUGUGGCGGAGACCAGAUGGGCUGCUGGAGCCAGUGCCCGGGACGGGGCCCCCGGGGCUGAGCUGGGAAGCCCGCUCCCAGGCCGGGCUGGAAGGGCAGAGAGAACAGAGAAGGGCAGGCCCGGCCUGCCUGACGUCUUACUCCUCCCUAGACCCCGAGGAGGAAGGGGCGUGUGCCGGUGACACCACUUCCCCCUGGGCCUCCGGCUUCAUCCUCGACGAUGACAGGCACAGUCAGAUGAUCCAUGACCUUCAGCAGCAAAUUGAAGAGCAAAACAAGUUGCACAAGCAAUUUCUCGCAGAAGCCAGGAAACGCUUGCAAGAGUUUCAGAGGAUAUGAUAAGAGCGGGCGUCCCACCCAUGAUAAAAAUACAUCACUGAUAACGGGCGGGCGUGAUGCCGGGAAUGGUACCCCCCACCCAGAGAGUCUGUGUGUGUGUCCACUUCCCCGUUCAGACCCCGUGGGCCCCCUCCCAGUGGGCCACCUGUCCCUGCCACCCCCCCCGCCCCCACCCCCCGCCCCCAAAGGCCUUCUACCCAAGUCCCAUCCGGGAAGGCUCCCUGGCACGACCCUGGGAACCUGUCGGGUGGGGCGCGGAGGCGGGUCCGGGGGCUGAGGCCGCUGGUGCAGGCCGGGAGCUCAGCCAGGGAUGCAGGUGAGGGAAGGAAUCCAGACGUUUUCAGCAGAUAAGCGCUGGACUUCAGGGGCAUCCAAGGUCAAGCGGGCAGAGUUUCAAAAGAUACAUCAUUUGUUGCUUGGCAGUUGGCUGAGACACACAUGGGGAGAUCGCGCGAACGACUCUCCGUCUUGCAAGUCACCAAAGCCAACCUCAUUUCAUGGGACUUGGCUUACGACGUUCUUGUCACUUUACUGUUGGGAAGGGAGACAGGGAGAGACGGGCAGAGGAGAGGCAGGGGAAGGGGACAAAGACAGAGCCCCAGAGAAGAAAGGGGAGGGGUCUGCAGCAACCCGCUGGCCAGCUGCCUCGGCCUGGGGCAGGCAGGGGCGGGGCGCCUGGCUGGCUGGUCAUGUCCCACCCCUGGGACGUGGGUGCACCCCAGACCCGGCAGCCCUGGGCACCCUGCCUGGGCGGGAUGGGGUUCUUCUGCCAGUGGCAGAUACUUAGAGACAGGAAUAGGGACGGAUACACGUUUUCUGCAGAGAACCAGAUAAUAAACGUUCUAGGUUUGCCAGCCCACCGGUCUCUGGGGCCACGACGCAUCCCUGCUCCAGCACCUUGAACGCAGCCCUAGACAGCACAUAAGUGGAUGGGAAGGGCCAGGUUCCCAGUAAGACUCUAUUCACAGAAAUGGGGAGGGGAGGUGACUGGGUGCAGACCUCAAGCGGCAGUUGGGUGACCCCUGGACUGGCGCAGGGCGGACGUGGCUGCCUCCCUCCCUCCCCAGGACCACAGAAGAAGAUCAUCUGUCUUCGGUCCUGGUGCAUUUCUGUCACUGGUCCAUGAACGGCGUUCUGUCCCUUAGUGGAUGCUUCCUGCAUAGCAUGAUGAAGGACGUGAACCCGCCACCCAAACCCAGGACCUAGACUGUUUCUCAGAAACAGCUUCUGCCUGUGUGCUCCUUCCCUGGUCCGUUCCUCCUCAGCUGCAUGCCUGCCAGACUUGGGGUUCAUGCCUCUGUUUCACCCUGCGGGCUGCACAGGGAGAUGUGGGGUGACCCAGGCCCAUUAGAAACCCAAGCGCUUCCCUGGAUUGCAUCAGGCUCACGGAACCCCCACACGGGCCACUCAGACAGGGUAGGGACGGCACCCUAUAAGUUUUGGGGAUACUUUUCAAAUCCCCAGUAGCCGGGGUGAGGGAGCUUUUGUGAUCUCUUGUUCUUAAUCUCAUUGAAAGCAUCUCCCUGAGCUCCGUUGUCUUAUCUGGCUUUUCCAUGUUAGGUAGAGAAAAUUGUUUGGUCCCAGCCUGUUUCCAUUCUGUCCUCUGCUGCUGGAAUGUCACGGGUCUGGGGCUGCAAAGCCAACUUGACCGUCCGAUCUGAGCCCAACAUGAGUGAGCACGAAGCCCCCGGGGCCAGGAGGGCUCUGGGAUUCCCAGGCCAGAUGAGGAUUAGCUGGGGGAGGCUGGGCUGUGGUUGCAGGCUGUGGGGUCACCUGGGGCUCCCGCCUGCUGCUAAAGAGUCACCUUGGUCCCAGAGGGCGCUGCGGGAUCACCGGGUUUAAAGCCCUGGGUGUGAUGGGCCCCGAAGCCUGAGCGCCUGGAGGCUGCGGUCCGCUGAAUGGACGAGCCUGCCUGUCAGGGGUUAUUUUUGUUUCUACUAACCAAGGUAGUAUUUGUGGCCCGAGUGUCCUAGGCGAGGAAGUGCCCCUUCCCGGCCACACUUGAGCUAAAGGUAGACAUAGGAGAUGGACAGGGGAGCAAGGAAAAAGGUGAGUCACCGGUGCCCGGUGGUCACGCCUACCCUGCCCCCCGGCUGCAGGAUGAGACACCCUGCCCUUGCCCACCGGGGCUGCAGGGGGCCACGGGUGCGGCUUUGCUCCCUGCAGAGCGCUCAGACGCACCUGGACGACGGUGCUAGAGGCCGUGGGACCCCGGGCUGCCGCCUGGACGAGUGGGGGCUCCUGGCAGGUGGCCAUGGCGCACGGCCAGGCGGCGGCAGGGGUUCCUGACGUAAUGACUGUGUGCGCCUUUGUCGUCCUGGCCCGCUUCUUGCGUCUUCCCCUGGGGGUCCACCCUCUGCGAACAGUGUAUCUUCUAGAACUUUCCGUGGGUUUCAUGCUGCUGUUCACACUUUCGGGGGCAGCGUCCCUGUUUCCAUGUCGUUCUGAAUUGACGAGAACAUUUACUGUCCGGUCCGAGGGUCCUCAUGCCUUUCUCCUCCGCCCCCCAGCCAGGUGAGCGGUUAUGGGGUGAUGAUGAUGUCUAGACCCUCAGAGACGUAAAAUAAAGGGGAAAUGAAGAUUUUUAAAAUUGGGGCCCAGGGCCCUCUCUCAGACCUGCAGCGGUUCUUCUGGUGAGCAGAGGACGGCCCCGACAUGUGGACGGCCUCCCGCCCCCGCCUCCUCCCUCUGUGGCACGAUGGGGGGGUUGAUGUGGAUGCGUGGCCGCCUCUACAGUUGCUGGAACAGCCCCGGCCGGGCUGCCGGCUGGGGAGGGAGUGCAGGGUUGAGCACGCCUCUCGACCCUGCCAGCUCCGGGGGUCCGGGGGGCAGCCUUGCUUGCUCGGCUAGGGUGUAGGAGGAGGGGCGGGCACACGACCUCCCGGGUGCUCCCCGCGCCGGAAGCUGGAGCGCGGGCCCUGGGAUCCUCGCCCUGGGAUCCUCUGCCUGAGUGUCCACGGCUUGGGGUCAGCCCGCAAGACUGCAGGUCUCAGUCCUACACGAGGGGGAGGGUGGCUGCCCAGUCCGGGCCAUGGGCCCGGCCCUCCCGCUCUCACCGCUGCCUGUGGGGUAGCCCAGAGAGGGGCACAGACUUCCCCCGGGGCCCCAGCCUUAGAGGCAGUGUGGGGGCAGGCCCGGCCAGCCUCUCCGUGCCCCUCUGCCAGCGGGUGGGCAGGCGAGGAUCGCAGCGGGGUGGCCGGAUGGCCCCUCUGCCCCCCCCCCCCCUGCGCCGUCCAGCUGCUGCCCCCGCUGCGGGCUCCGGGCUUGCGGCUUUGCAGGGCCGAGCUUGGCCGCUCCUCGGGGUCUUGGCGGGGAAAGUGCAGAGCAGCACUUCCUUCCACAAAGCCGCACUGUUCUCAGCAAAUCCUCCCAGGAUCGGGGUGCAUUUUUUUCAAGUGAUUCAGCAGCACGUGAAUGGGAAGGGCCUGCGCCCAAGGCUUCGGGAACCGCGACCGAGGCCUCUGGCGCAUGAGAUCCUGUUGGGCUCCCAGGGAGAGGAAGAGUGGCAGGGCGUGAGUCGGGGGCCCGCCGGGGUCCCGGGCUGGGGCAGGCGGCUGAACAGCGACCCCCCCCAGCUUCUCUCUGCACAGCCGAGGAGCUCUUAGGGCUGGUUCCCUUGUGCUCCCCGGGGGGCCUGAGCCAGCGGACAGGAAGUGGAGGUGGGAACGCUGGUCUCCAUGGAGACGGGGUGUCCAGUGGACAGCAGCUCAUGGGAAUGUGCUAGAAUCUCGGAAGGCCCAGGGCUGCGGCCACACUGCGCUCUGCUGUCCAGUCACCCUCCCCACCCCACCCUCGGCCCCCACAGACACACGUGCUCCGAGGGGCGGGUGAGCGCACACAUGCCCGCCGCGGCCCGAGUCACGCCGGCCAACCUUGCCCUCGGCCUGGACUGGCGCAGCCCUGCCCCAGAGCUGGGGACGUCGGUCGGCUCCCCGGGGUGAGGAGGCUUUCAGGGACCCGAAGGUGGCACCGGGUCUGUCGGGGCUGCGGCUCAGGCGGAGGGAGCCCCUGGUUGCCUCCUGCCACCACAGGAAGAUUUCAGUUAUGAAAUGGUGCCUGUCCCCACCUUUUUCUCAGUUCCCUAGAAGAAGUGAAUUGGCGGAAGUCGACCCCACUGCUGACUGAGAGCAGCCAGGACCUGACACCAGGGAAGGCAGAGCCGGGUGUCCCAGGAAAGUCCCCCCCACCACCACCACCGAGGGGCACCUGCAAAGGCGGGGUGUGGCCAGACAGCGAGGCCGGGGGGCAGGUGGGGCCGGACGCUCCCGUGGACAUCUGGGUGCCGAGCCAGUGCUGACGCCUCGCAUUCCUUGGGACAUCUCCCAGGCUGUUGGACCGCACCCCGUUUCCAUGUGCAGUUCUGUGGGGAGGGUUGUGGCCCUGAGACCCAGAGGGUUUGAGUGGGCCCGCGGUCCAUGUGAGUUCGCUUCUCUUUCUCAAUCCCUGUGUGCCCCGUUCCCUGCCCUCCAGCGCGGGAGGUCGCCCACCCUGCCUGCGAAGCAGAUGCAGUCCCGUUGGAGAGGUUCAAAACCGCCCUUACGAUGCCCCCCGAAGCAGUUAGGGACCCCACAGCGGUGGGGGGCAGGGCGCUGGAAACGUGCUCGAUUCCUUCUAGCUCUUACAGGGCAAAGCUGCCGCUGUUACUGCGGGGCGUGUCUGGGUGUGGACGGGGCUGUGGGGCACCCCCUCGCUUUCCCAAGUCUGGCCCCGAGGGCUAGCGUUUGGGUGGGAUGGGGGCGCCCUUGCGCUGCCCUCAGCCGGGCUUUGGACAAGCUCAUCAAAACUCCCCGGGACCUCAGCCGGGUCGACCAGCCGUGCAGCGUCCCCUGUCUGCCCAAAGGGACAAGAAUCCCAUCCCAGAUGCCAGCUGCCGGAUGCUACCGUGUUACGGGGAUGGCGGCAGCUCUGUGAUUGGGAGGGUGUCAUGUCCAGACCCGGAGCACCCUGUUCUCUGGAGAGUGUGGACAAAAGCAGGGAACGUACAGCUGUCCCCCAGCCCCCCAGCAGAGAGGAGACCCCUGGAGGAAGGGGCAUCUGGGCUUCCUCUGAAGAGGCCAGCAGGAAGACAAGUGGACCGAGGGACCCACGGAAGGUGUUUGCAGCCCGGGCAGCGCAGUGGCCCCGUUUCCAUCUGACACGUGCCCUUCUGCACACUCACCCCCUGAUGGCCCUCAGACCCCCGUGCCCGCGGUGGGGUAGGCUCAGCUGCAUUCCUGUCACUGUGCAGGGUGACCCCCUCCCGACUGGGGACAGGACAGGAGGGUGUUUGGCAGAUGUGCUGGGCCCCAUCUCUCCCUCCCCCUACAUGAGUGGCACGGGGAACGGGCCCCCAGCGGAGGGACCCCAGGGCCGGGGCGAGGAUGGAAGAGCAGAGCAAUGCCAUCCCCGCGGGCAGCGGUCUCCCUGUCAACCCUCCCGGGUUCCCGCUGGCGGCUGCGGGCUGCGGGCUGGGCUGAGAGGGGACGUGGCCUCCACUGACAUUGAGCUAGCCCUGCCACUCUGAGUCAGGACGCUGGUGAGACUCAGAUGAUCUGGGGAGGGAUUCUGACCUUGGAUUUAGAGACGAAUGUUUUUUCCGAACCCCAGAGAUUCCCACAUCUCCUCUGGGCAAGGGCAUGAUUUUUCCCGAAGCCAGAAGCUUGGCGUUGGCCAGCACCGGGGCCUGGGAACUUAGCGUGAGCUGAGUGCAUCCAAACAAGCCCAUGAAGAUCUAAAAGUCAUGUUUUAACAGCCACAGCUUGACCUGGCUCUGGAAUUGGGAGCGGCUGCCCAGCAGAGCGGCCCCUUGGGGAAGUGUCCCAUUAGGAGAUAGUUAUGUAUGUAGCUCUCCCGUGGGAGAGCUGCCAGGCUCACGGCAAGAUAGUGAAAACGACUCAGUGGGUGUGAAGUCAAUGAACUCGUUAGAGAAGGUUCUUUUUCACAGUCUGGCUGCCCACAGGUUAUGGGGACGCCUCGUUCUUCUCCGUUGCUUCCCCAGGAAUGUCCACGGACGCAGAAGGUGUCGGUGGGGUGCCAGCUGUGAGUGGGCGGGGGGGGGGUGAUUUGAAUCUCUGCCCAGGCUGGUCAAGCAUGUCCCCCCCACCGCCCCUGCCCUGGGCCGGCCCAGGCCACGUGGUAUGCUGAGGACACCCUAGGUUUCCCGAAAGCCCCGGCUCUUCUCACCCCACCCCCGCCCUAGGCAGCAAGAGGGACAGUCUGGCCUCCCGGACCUUCCCGGGCGUCCUCUCUCAUAGUCUGAACGUAGCCUGUGUUCUUUGGAUUCUCGUCCCCGACCUGGCUCUCCACCCACCCAGCUCUUUUCCAUCCCAAAUCUGGCUGGGUGGACUAGGGAUUGUUUUGCAGCUGCUAACGGGGGAAGUGACAUCAUGUGAUGUCCGCGGGCCAAGGGCUGGGGGCAGGGGCUCUGCGGUUGCGUGUGCUUUGAAUUAAGUCGACGGUUGUGCAUUCCAGUAGCCAACAUCUGGCGGUGAAUUCAUCAGCCAGUGUAUCACCCUUGAUCUCAAACCCAGAUGUUGUGUUAACGGCAGAAGGGGAAGAAAAAAAACAAAAUCGGAGCAGCUCGGGGAGAAGCCAUCAUUUUUUAGCACAAAGCACUUAAAACAGGGAUCUUUAUAAAGCCUCUUGUUUCCUACAGCCAGGAGCAGGCCCAUGGAGCAGAGCCGCUCGCUGCUGGGCAGUGGACAGCUUGCGGGCUGGUCACCCACCCGGGGCCAGGCACCCGGCCCAGCACAUAGUAGGUGUUCGGCAAACGUGUCCUUGCCUGGAUUUUAAUUUCCUCUCGGACUCUUGGCGUCUCUUUGCUUUUCCCCAGUCCUGGCCGUUAAGUGGCCUGGGGCCGAGACGGGCCCAUUCUUGACUUAGAGUGGCCUCCAUCCCAGAGCUCUGGGAUGCCUGUCCCCUCGGGUGUUGGAAAUGCCUUUCUGGAGAGCUCUCUGCCUCCCCCCUGCCCACUGCUUGGGUUGGACGUGGCUUCUCUCUCCCCUGUCGGCGGGUCUGCCUUCUCCUCUGGGUGGGACGCACCUUGAAGGCCAUCACUGUCCCAAAAGACCCUCCGUGGCCUAUCCCUUUCUCCCAGGGGCAGGAGGAGGCCCACGCUUUUAGGAUUUUACCUGAAAGGCAACUCAACCCCGAGCUCUGAGUCUGGCUGCUAAGAAAUCCCCACUCUGGCCUCAUGCCGGGGGCAGAAGGCUGAGGAUCAGAAUGUCCACAGCCCGAGCUGGCUGGGGUCCCCCAUGCGGCGGCCCCAGCCCUCCGUCCCUGUGGGGCCCCUCUGCCUGUUUCCCCUGGGUCUCCUGCCUUCAGCUUGCCGGUGGGAUCCUCCGGCUUUGAAGAAUUCAUUUGCUAAACCUUUGCUUGUACCCUUCCCCGCCCAGAGUGCUGAACCUGCACCGCACCUGCUUCCCUGAGCGCGGCUGCGGCAUCUCCGUGGGCAGGGGUACCCCUGGCCCCUCUCCUUCGCGUCCGACGGUGUUGAUGUUUUCAGAUCGCCACAGAGCUGGUCUUUCUUUGCCCCUCUUGAUUCUCUUUCUUUCCUUCACGUUAUCUCCCAUUUCGCAAAGUGGAGAGGAGGUUCCAGCGCCGCAUUCAAAGACCCCGAGGAAUCCUGAGUUCUUAUUUGCGUGGGCCAGCCCCGCUGUGGUUCCUCCUGGCCCCCACCCCCACAUCCCUGCAAGGCAGCCUGGGAGCCGGUUCACAAGCUGGCCUCGACCCGCAAGUCUGCCCUGGAUCCCGGAUUCAACCAGUUCCUUCUUUCCGAUCAUUUAAAAAAGGAAAGCGUGUCAUCUGUCGCCCUAAAGCGAAGCCAGCAAGUUAGGAAGCGGUGUCCGACCUAGAGCCUGGGAUUCGUGCUGGCCAGGGGGUGCCGUCCGGACCCGAGCGGCCGGCGCGGUGCAGCGCUCCCAGCCUCCUACCUGCAGGAGGAGGAGAACGAGCCAGGCACGGCGCGUCCCAUGAUCCGGGUCCUCUAGUCCCGGGGUAGCACAGGGGGCUGAUGAGGGCGGUGCCUCGGUGUCUGCUGUGAGCGGCUGUGCCUCUGGGGCGGAGGGGGGGGCGUCCAUGACCCUGCACGGCGGUCAGGGGCUGAGAGAAGGGUCUUGCCCGGUGCUGCCCCGGUUGACUAAGGAUUCGGACUGCCUGCGACCUUAGGGGCUUUUCUAGGAGAAAAUGCCUGGACCUGAACGCGGGGAACGGGAUGGAACCUGCCCACUGGGGUUUUCUCAUUGCCGCGGGGGAGUUGAUGCAGGACCCGUUAUUCGUGGAUUCAUGUGGGGUAGCGGACCCCGGAAAAGUCAUUUGAAAGGUGCGGCAAAUUGGGGGUGUCCUAGUAAAGCCCAGCAGCAGCACUGCUCCCAGAACCGCUGUCUCGCGUGGAUGUUCUGGUUCAUUUGCUACCACCAGCCAGGGACAACGCUGACAGCCCAGGCACACCUGGGGCAUUGAUCUGGGGCCUUAAUCUGGAAUGGUUCGUGAUUUGCAUCAACGUUUCCCCGUGUGGCAGCGCACUACGGUGUGGGUAAGGCAGGCAGGGAGAGAGACCACAGACAGACUCACCUGGGCUGCCUGGAUGUCUCAGGGAUAGCCCGGUUCCAUCUGGUAAGGAUCUAGUGGGCCCCGACUAUGGGGAGAACGUAGCCUCUGCCCGGUAGAAGCCCCCUGAGCCCACAGGGGUGCAGGCGUUCACAGCAGGGUGGAGGAGAGAUGUGGAACGUACCAAGGGCUGCAGGAGGACAGGAUCUCCCAGAGCAAGAUGAGAAAGGGUGAUUUUAUCUGGGUUUUGAAGGAUGCAUAGAAGUUCUCCUGGCAGCGAGGGCUAGAUGGUCUUCAGGGCAGAAGAGACUGGUCUGUCCAGAGGUGGGGGCACCCCUCGGCAUUUUGGGGUUCGAGGGACCCUUAUGGACAGGCAGAGCAGCUAGGACAGGAGCAGCUGGGGUCACGGAGAGACCUACUGGCUGGCAUCAGGUUGCAGAGGGUGUCCUGCUUUAGAUGAGGGCAGUGGGCAGCUGAGGAAGGUGUUUGAGCCUGGAGGGACACAGCUAUAAAAAGCAUGUUGGCACUGGGGGUGGAGAAGGAGGAGCCACUGGACACAGGCUGACCCACUCCCAAGGGCAGGGCCUUCUGUUGAACGUGGCCCCCUGGAUGGCAGUUCCUCGAUGUGGCUUUGCAGGUUGGGGCCUGGCUUAGCCUGAGAAACCGGAACCUGCGCUUUGUGACUCAGCUCCAACAGAAGACAUAAGAACGGGGUUUGGGCCUGGGUGGGGCCGGAGAGGGGGUGGCGUGGGCUGACCUCUGGUGACAGGCUGGGCCUCAAGGGAGGGGCACAGACGGGAUGCACAUGCCUGGGCUUCCCUGCUCCGUGGGCAAGACAGCCCCGGCCAGGGGGUUACCAAGAUGCGAGAUGCCUGCCUGGGGCUGGAGGGUGGAGGCACCUCUGUGCCUGGCUCUGUCUCUUUCUCACUGCUCUGCUCUGCUUUUGUCCACAUUAACCUAACUCUCUCCCAAGUGACCCUGCACAGCUGAGCUGUGGAGGGCAAAGCUUUUAAAGCCAUUAAACUAGGCGGUGUCACCAGCCAAUAAGCCUCCAGAUGAAACAAGGGAGAGCUCGUCCCCAGGGACACGUGAGCAGCCGACCGUGGCUGCAUCAGGGUGCAGGCUGGGGCCGCGUCCUGGCCUAAUUGCUGGGAGGAUGCCCUGUGGUGCACGGCCCCCGAGCAGCCUCAGGCUCUGGCCAGCAUUCCAGAACCUUCCCAGCCCGACCUCUUGUGUCAUGGUCUGGGAUCAUUUUCUUUCCGUUUGGCCUCCCUCCCUGGCACCUGCCCCGUGGGUCUGCCGGUGGGGCCUGGGAAUGUUUCCUUUGCGGGGCGGGGCGGCCAGAGCGCUCUGACCCUUCCUCUGUCGGGCCCUUGGUAGGAUGUGGUGGUGUUGUUAUAAAGAAUCACCCACAGGACGUUCUUCAGGGUCACUUUUAGGACAGAUUAGGCAUAGCAGGCCAGAACCUUCAGAUGUAAGACCCCCAAACCCAGAUGCGAUGGGGCCUCCGUGCACAGCCUGGAAAAGCCUGUGUGGAGCCGGCAGUGGCUAGAGGCUGGGCGGCGGCGGGAUCUCGCCAGUCUCCAUUGCAGGGUGACAAUCGCCGCCCAGUUAAUUCGCUUAUCUGCUUCCCCAGCCGCCCAGGAAUACACACCGGAGAGAAUUUUAAAAAGCCCCUAAGCCCGCGAGCGUGGCAUCAAGGAAGGGUUUUAUCAGCGACCGCCUCAGGAAGCCGGCUAGCCCCAGGAGACCAGGCUCCUGCUGCCCCCGACAGCAUCCUUGUUGAAGAAUCCUGGGACCGGAGGGGUCUCAGAGCAUCACCUCUUGCCCCUCCCUGCUUGGCACGUGUUGGGGGGCGACUCGCUUGCUCCUCCCGCCCCUCCUCGGCCCCAGGACGGCGCGGGGGCCCUACUGACCUCUGUGUCUUUGU